AUGCCAUCCGGCGGCUGUCUCUGCGGCAAGAUCAGGUACGAGUAUGAAGGGGAGCCGUUGAAGAUUCUCACCUGCCACUGCGCUCAAUGCCACAAGUCGACGUCGACCAUGUUUAGCACUGGCAUCUUCCUGCUGGACAAGCAAUUCAAGCUGCUACUGCCGUCGUCGGACUCGGAGUCCGCCACGCUCCAGACGUACUCGUACCCGCAGACGUCGGACGGCUCCAUCCAGACCCUGCACUUUUGCAACGUCUGCAGUACCACCGUGUGGAGGACGGGAGCCGCCGACAAGUACGCCGGCAUGCUGAGCUUGCAGCUGGGAACGCUGGAUGAUCAGCAGGUCAGAAACCAGCUUGCGCCCAGCGUCGAGUACUACGCCAGCCUGAGGACAAAGUGGGUGCCCGAGAUCAAUGGGACUGAGCAGGCUGAGGGAUGCUGA